GCGGAGGCCCAGCGCUCGCCCGCUGGCGAGCGCGGCGACAUGGGCAGCGGGUGCGGCCGCCUGUUAGCGCACCACCCGAAGGCCGUCAUCUAUCCCAUCGGGGACUGCGACGAACCCGUGCAGCACGGCCUGUACCGGUCCGAGGCGGGGCGCGCCUCCGUGAGGUCCGAGAGCAGCUCCAGGUGCUCGACGACAACCAGCCCGAGAAGCCGGUGCCACGAGCAGGCGCCAGGCUACAGCGACAUCCUCGCCCCCGGCAGCCCGCGCAAGGCGGCGGACGGGCUGUUGUUCCCCAUCCUGACCGCGGAGGGCACGGCCACGUCCUGCACGUGCAGGCAUUCGACGCGUUCGACGGACGCUGGCACGGACCGGUCUGCGUCACCCACCAGCGACGUCAACAGCCCGAAGAAGGGCGUCAACGACAGGUGUCUUUGCGGCCGCUUUCGGUCCAAGGAGGCCCCCGAGGGGUGCAAGCCGAAGGGCGGCCGCAACGCCACGAAGGACAGACAUCCACACCUGACGUGCACGGGCCACGCAGGCGCGCGGGGGGGAGAGCCACGACCUCCAGAAGCGCCUCAGCCUCUUCUCUUCGCUGUCGGGCUGCAGUCCAGGGCUCGGCGCCCUGCAAGGCCACUUUGCGAGCGAAGACGAGUCCGUCUCGCAAGAGGAGAUGGCCGCUUGCCUGGAUAA